AGUGAAAAUGUGGCAGCUCGCAGUCAGGUUCUUGAAUUGUCGGGCCGCUUAUUCAGUGAUCCGGACUGCCGCCUCUAUGAGAAUGAGCCAAAUUUGUGGACUGAAUAUUUGAAGCGAUAUUGCGAUAUUAAUCCGGACAUUCGUUGUGCCUGUAUCAAACAGGCCGAAAGCAUUCUUGUCGUUCAGCCAGCACUCAGAGGGCAAGUGACCGAUGCUUUAAUUGCACGUUGUAAGGAUUCGCAUCAAGAUGUCCGUCUGGAAGUUAUAAGGAUGGUGCAGCGAUUAGCGCGGCGCAAAUUAGAAGCUUUAAGUGAACGACUUCUCAGUCAAGUCAUUGACAGAUUACGUGAUAAAAAG